AAAAAACUACCCUUGUCACUAUUUAGAGAGAGAAAUAAGCAGUGAACAGUGGAGCGCCUAUACAUACGCAUUCAUUAUAUAUAUGUGUUUAUGUAUAUGUAGAGACUAGAGAGAGAGAAAGGCGUUAUUAAAUUUGACGAGAGUUGAGCUGAGCCAAAUUUGCAGUGUUUGAUCUUCAUUUCAUGAAUUACUCGGAGUAAGUUGCGAGGAAAUUAUUCCACACACAUACACGCACUUAACCACUCAAUUAUUUUAGCUCAGAUCACUCUGUAAACGGUUGAAGUUGCAUUUUUAUGCUGGUUUUCUUGCUCGUGCGCUGCUCAAGUAGGCUCUUCAGAACAAGUUACUUGGGGUUCACCCGACUUGAGUGAAAAAACUUAAGUUUGUGAAUGAUAAGAUGUUGCAGCGCCAAAUCAUGUUCAAACAGUUGCAGGAAAUGCAGCGAAAACAACAGCUCCAGGAGCUGAGCAACACUAGAAACCAGAAUUAUGUGAACCAGUUAUCAUCACUAAAACAUGCAUCGGGUGGUCAAUUUUCUCCUACGGUCAACGGGACACCAAUGCAGGAUCUGUCAGGAAUGUUUAUGGUGGGUAAUAUGAUGCAACAUGGUGGACCCAAUGGAUUAGUACUUGCACAAAGUCCUGUUGGUCUGUCUCAGCCUCAGUUGGACAUAUCUUUAUAUGGGAAUCACACUCCAAACCCGGACAAGAAUUUAAAUCCAUAUUCUCACCUCCAUGGCCCGUCUAAUCUUUCAACCGAUCAGCUGACGAAGAAUAAUAGCAGCCCUUUGGGAAUGGUCACCAUGCAGCCCUCAGCCUUCAGUAACUCAUUCAUGAGUCAACAUUGCAAUUUUCCUUCUGAGCAAAUUAACAUGACAGAUGGAUCUGUUCAUUCUAAUCAAGAGAAGGACUUGUUUGGGCAAGCUCCAACUGAAGGUUUACAUGGUGCAGUUUUGCCUGGAAACUACUCUGAGCAAGGAAUUAGAAUGCAGGGAAAUGCAUCAGCUCUGGAAUUUGAAGGGAGGCACGAAGAUGCAGGUUGGGGUAGAAUUCCUCCUGGCAAAACAUCAAACUUUGGCAUGUCAGUGGUGGGUGAUUCUCUAGACCCAUUGGAACAGAAGAUCUUGUAUAACACAGAUGACGACAGCUGGGGAUCGUUUAGCAGAAGCUGCAAAAUGAGCACAGGAGGCUUUGGGGGUACAUUGGAAAGCAUGUCCGACAUGGAUGGAUUGCCUUCUUUACAAAGUGGUAGCUGGAGCGCCCUAAUGCAGUCUGCUCUUGAAGAAACUUCUGGAAAUGAUCCUGGGGUACAAGAAGAAUGGAGUGGAUUGAGCUUCCAGAAUCCAGAACCAUCGAAUGACAAUCAGCACCCAAAGUCCAAUGAUAGCAAAAGGGUGCAAAAUAAUUGGGUUAACAGAAACUCGCCAAAUGCUGUUUCUCCCAGUUCAAAGCCACAACAAUUGGCCCAGAAUUUCAAUAUGAACUCCGGCUUUGCUAAUUUUCAGCAAUCAGGUUAUCAGUAUCAGAAACAGAAAGAGGAAUAUCACCCUGAGUCUUCUCAUGCCACUACUCAGAACUCUCCUAGAAAUAUGAGCCUGCUGGCUGACUAUAACUCUCAACAGAAGCGCCCUAGUGGAAGGACCCCGGUGAGUCAAACAUCUUUGUCGUUGCCAAACAUUUGGCCUGGUCAACAUAAGGAGAACCCAAAUAAUGACGCACAUGAGCCUAGCCUUUUGUCAUGCACUAAUGACAACCAGCCACGCAAUGACUUCUCAGGUCAAGAAUUCAAGGGUGCUUUUUGGCUUCAAGGGAGUACAUCACAACAUGUGCCUGGUGUCAUUCAAAAGCCAUACGAUCAGAUGAACCAGAUAAAUUCUCAUGGGUACUCAGUUGAUCCAGAGAAUAUGACUUCUGGAGUUAAUGUGGAAGCUGUAUCAUCAGUGUUAAAUGCUUCUUUGGAACGUCCUGGUGAAAACAUGACUGCUCCGAGUGAAAGUAUGAUUGAGCUACUUAAUAAGGAUGAUACAUCCAACGAUGAAGCAUCGGUGAUGCAAUUGAACUUGAAAGUUUCAACUCCCAGAGAAUUUGGUUUAAGUGAUACUUCUGGUGCAACUUUUGCUAAACCAUGCAGGCUUUCAGAUCCGCAAACUUUGCAGCCACAUUCAGUUUUCCCAUCCUUAUCUAUGGUGGCCUCUAGUGCAACGUCUCUAUCAAGUCAUAUUGUGAACGAUCAUGUUGAAAACCAGCAUCCAGCUUCACCUGUUCCUAGUCACAUGAAUGCUGAAGUCCCACUUUCUGAUAACGUGGUAGUUGCACAACCCUCUUUGACAUCAGAUAGGCUGCAGCAUGUGGGAUUUCAGAUGGGGCAACAUACUCAAUGGCAGGGUAUGCCCUCUCAGCAAGAUACUUCUGGCCCGAAACCUUACAAAUAUUCCUCUAGUUUGUUUGGGUCUCCAGAUUCAGCAUCUAGCAGUAUAAGGACUAGCUCAGCAGCUCCAAAUGAGCAGCACUACCAGAAUUAUUCUCAACAAGUGUACAAUGCAAAACAAUACUCAGAGAAUGUAGCUGGGCUUGAUCAGCGAUUAGAGAAAGGGAGUUCCAUUCAUGAAGGAUCAACUGAUAUAAAUAGCUCUACAUCUCUCAGCAGUAAUAUUCAAAAGCAAGAACUUCUUAGGGAGCAUGGCUCAGAAGCAGGUGCUAUUGUGUCUGGUUCAUUGAUAACUGAUGAUGGUAAGAGCUUCCCUCCUAAACCUGACAGUGUAAACUAUCAGCAUCCAAGUGUCAAUCUCGAGGAGCUGUUCUUGAGUGGACAGGAUUCUGGAAAAGAAGGUGUAGCAAAAACCGACUUGAAUGCAUUAUCAUGCCUUGACGCAUAUUCAUCUGGGGAUAGUAAGGGAUGGAAACUCUCCCAAGGGGGGCAAGGUGAUCAGUCUGGCAAAGCUUUGUUGACAUCUUACCAUCAGAAUUUCCAGCAGAGUAUGCUUUCUCAAAAUGAUAUACUGACACGUUCAGUUGGCAGUAACAGAGCUUCAAAUGUGGUAUAUCCAUCACAGAUCAGUUUGCCAAUGGUCCAAUCCUGGUUUAAGCAAUAUGAAACCUUGAAGAACGGGCAAAGGUUACCGAUUCAUGAUUCAAGAGCUGCAAUUCAUGCCACACAGCUAUCCUCUGAAAUGACUCCUGGGAACUUGCAGGAUAACAGUUUGAAUAUGCAAGUAAAGUUGGCUAAUCCUAGUCAAGGAAGUGGCUUACUUGCACCUACAUCUACGAAUCCUGUACUGUAUAAACAAUUAAACACCCCUUCUAUAUUGCCUUCAGAUGCCAGUCACCAAAAUUUAGCUGUUACAUUGCGGAAGAAACGGAAACUUGUUGCAUUUACUAUGGUACCCUGGCACAAGGAAGUAAAUCAUGACCAGUGGGGACCCCAAAAUAUCAGCAUGGCUGAGCUGUCAUGGGCACAAGCUGCAAACAGAAGAGAAGAAGAGGUGAUAUCUGAGGCUGAAAGUGUAGAGGAGCUGCACCCGGUGAUUCAAGCAAAACGACGACUUAUUUGUUGUACACAACUUAUGCAGCAAGUCUUUCAACCUGCGCCAUCAGUUAUUAUUUGUAUGGAUUCCAGUUCAAAUUGUGAUUAUAUAGCAUAUUAUGCUGCUAGAUUAGCAUUAGGAGAUGCAUGUAGCUUGACUGGCCAAUUGCCUCCCGACUCCAUGGAUGUGUCAUGUUCACAUGACAAACAGAAAACUUCAAGGAGAACGGAUGCUUGCAAGUUCUCAAAAGUUAUGGAAGGUAUUGUUUGUCGAGUGAAGAAGCUUGAAGAUGAUUUAACGAGACUGGACAAAAGUCUAUCAAUUGUAGACAUCAAAGUGGAAGCCCAGGAAUUGGAGAAAUUCUCUACCAUCAACCGCUUCGCGAAGUUCCACAUCAGGGCACAGCCGAGUUCAGUAGAUCCGGCAACCUCCUCUGGAACACCGACUUUGCACAAAACCCACCCUCAAAGAUAUGUAGUAGGGCAUCCAAUGCCUAAGAUAUUACCAGAAGGCAUUGAUUGUCUUUCCUUGUAAUCUGGAACGAAAUAGAAAUGUUCGCUCCAGGCCUGAUUCCUCUUCUACAGAAGGUGCUCCUUAUACAAAGAUCUGCAGUUUUCUGACCUAUAAAAGUCGACAGGAGGAGACAAAAUACAAGUUAGACCAGGUGACCUUCUAUAAUCUAAGGUGGAUCCUUCACAUUUUUGAGGAAGUAUAUAUAUAUUUAUAUAAUAUAAUAUAUUGAUCUUUGUAUAUCUGCAUGAAAAAUUUAGGUGGAUGUAGGAGCAGGCUAUUCUACGGAUUUAGUAGUGAUUUGUAUGAAUGCACUUUUGUUAUACUGUGUAAGUUUUAGCCCUAUCUAUAAGCUCUUUCUCCAUUUCGCACUUAAAA